AAGCGGCCCAGCCCCUGUCCCACGACAAUAUAUGUAUGCACUAGGACUAGGAUGGGGAGUGAAAGCAAUAUUUGGUUUGCAUUGAGGGAAAGCAGAGAGAGGAUACAGAAAUUCAAUGGCUCUUGAAUUAGAGAUCAAUGGAGGAGACCACGGGAGCAUGUGUGACUCUUCAACCACCGUGUCCGCCGCCGCCUUCUUCCCCGUGCAACACCCAACUGAGCCUCUUGAAGAAGACCGCCCCAUCCUCUGCCCAAUCCCAUACUCUUCUUUCUUAAAGGUGAAUGGGAUGCAAGAAGGGAGGUUUUCCGCGGAGAUUCCUAGGAGGAUGCCGGAACAUUCUUCAGCGCGACCUCCGAGGAAGAGCGGAGGGAUACUGGAGGUGACUAUGGAGCCGCCGGUCAGGGCGGUGCGAAAGCGGCACCACCCGCUAGGGCAAGGGUACAGGGCGGCUGCGGUGGCCGGUCCUGGGUGGAGGGCACCGCCGCAAAACCCGACCAUGUCUCAGGUGCUCCACCAAUUCAACCACCACUUCAAAUCUUGAUUUGCCCAAUUAAACCAUCUCCAGAUCAAUUAAUAUACUCCGUAUAUAUAAACAGUGACGAGCUGGUCUGUUCGUCAACUCCUUUUAACUAGUCUUUUGUUGAGCUCCUCCCCUGUUUUAUAGUGAUGUUAACUAAGAGUAUUUUUAACUGCGAAUAUGCUAGUUGUAAAUUUGUACAAAAAUAUUCCAUGGCAGGUGUGGUUUAUAAUUGAGGAUCUGAAUUACUAGCAGGACAAAAUG